GUUUGCUUGGCCCCGUCACGCGUAACGACUGGGCCGGUAUGGAGGCGUGCGAAAUAAUUGCCGUCGAGUCGGGCUGAUCGGGCCUGCCGGUGUCCCUCAUCGACAUCGACCAUCCGCCAAUACGGUAUACGUUGAGAAUGCCCCCAUGGAACUCAGCAAAGGCAAAGGUCCAACUUCGGUAUUUACUUCAACGCCCUUGCGAGACUAGAUGAUAACGCGGAUCCGAAUCUUCUCAACCAGCCUCUCCGUGCAACGCCUCAGAACUUUGCAACAGAAGAAAGAAGCUCAGGCGAAGGCGGCCAGGAGAGAUAUUGCGUCGUUGAUAGAGAGAGCAAAGAUCGAGACCGCUAAGGUUAAAGUUGAGGGAUUAAUCAAUGAAGACGUUCAUGUGGAACUUCUGGAACUCCUGGAACUGUACUGUGAACUUUUGCUGGCUAGGUUUGGCGUCUUGGAUCAGAACGCCCGAGAACCAGACCCAGGCGUUGCUGAGGGAGUUUGUUCGAUAAUAUUCGCAGCACCGCGGACAGAACUCAAAGAACUUCACAUACUGCGUGACAUUCUCAUGCACAAAUAUGGUCGUGACUUUAGUUUGAAAGUGAUGGAAAGUCAAGAAGGCGUCAGUGAACGCGUAGCUCGGAAAUUAGAAAUCGUCACCCCCUCCUCCGAGCUUGUAGAUGCCUAUAUGACCGAGAUCGCAAAGGCCUACAGUAUCAACUACACCUCUGCCCCUACACAUAGUGGAAAAGGUGGCGGUUCUGGAGGAGAGGGUGAUGUGAAGGAGGUUGAUGGUGAAGAAGAUACGGACGAGGAAAAUAUCAAGCUUCCCGAAACCAAGCCUCCCACGCCGAAAUUGCCGGAUAUCCCACCCACAGAGGACGAGGCUGAGGGAAAGUCCCAGUCCAGCUCAAAGCCAACGACAACUGAACCUCCACCAUCGUACGAGGAUGAUUUCGGUGCUCUAGCGAAGCGGUUCGCGGCGUUGAAAAAGCGGUCCCCCGGUUAACUUAACUGAUGCACAGUGGUACAACGCGACAGAGAGCAAGCGUUCCUUUCAAUGUAUAAUGAUAUGGUCAUGGAUUCAGCUAACAUCAUUUCGUGAAUUUAGUUCUUGAUUGCUAAUAAAUGUAGUAAGCAUACUCACGAGUGGACCCAUCGUGAUUGGUGAAGAAUCAGUGGGCCCUUCGUGGCGACGGCACCG